CCGAGGCCCAAAAAAACACACACUCACAAAUCUUCUCUCAGAUAAAACCCCCAAAUCGAAACCCUAAUUUCGAUAUUUUCCCGCCAAAUCCGCGCGAGAAAUUCGGGCCGGACAUGGCGGAUUCCGAUAACGAGUCCGGCGGACACAACGGCGGCGAGAUGAUGUCGGCGCGGGAGCAAGACCGGUUCUUGCCGAUCGCUAACGUGAGCCGGAUUAUGAAGAAGGCGCUGCCGGCGAACGCGAAAAUCUCGAAGGACGCGAAGGAGACGGUGCAGGAAUGCGUCUCGGAGUUCAUCAGCUUCGUCACCGGCGAGGCCUCCGACAAGUGCCAGCGAGAAAAGCGGAAGACGAUCAACGGCGACGAUUUGCUCUGGGCGAUGACGACGCUAGGCUUCGAAGAGUACGUGGAGCCGCUCAAAGUGUACCUCGCCAAGUACAGAGAGAUGGAGGGCGAGAAAACGAACAUCGCCGGCGGAGAUUCCGGCUCCGGCGGUUUGCAGAGUCCGGCGAGUGUUGGGGCCCACACGAGCGGCUUUCAGUAUCAGAGUCAUUAUAAUAAUAAUAUUGGCGGUGGGAAUAUUAAUAUUAACAUGAAUAACAGUGGUAAUAAUAAUAAUCAUAAUAAUAAUCAGGGACACGUGUACGGUGGAGGUGGGUUUCAUCAAAUGGGGAGUGGAGCUGGUGGGAGGCAAAGGUAGCGGGGCCACUUUUUUAAAUAGCUUAAAAGUUGGUGGUACUGCUAAAGUCAGUGAAUAGGUCUUUUCUUUAUUUAUUUUUCUCAGAUUUUUGUUGUAUUUAUAUAUUUUGUUUAUUCAAAUUGUUGUUAAAUAUUAUUUACCUGUAGAAGAAUAAUGUAACAACUAUUAUUAA